GGCGGCGCCGCCUCGUGUGACCUCUGCCGUCCCCGAUGCUGCCGGCGGCCGGUCGCGCCCUGGGCGGGGGGGCCCGCGCCCUCCCCCUCCCCCUCCCCCGCAGGUGGGGGGCGCCUGUGCCCAGGGUCUGCGCCGCGCGGCUGAUGAGGAGCAGCGGGCGGAGGCGGAGCGGCGAAGUGCUGGCCGGAGCCCCCCUGGACGACGCCCCCAAGGACUACCCCCCCAAGAUCCGCCAGCUCGUCCACGACAUCGCCGGCCUCACGCUGCUCGAGAUCGCCGACCUCAACGAGUUAUUAAAGAAAACCCUGAAGAUCCAGGACGGGGGGCUGAUGCCCAUGGCGGCGGGCGCCGCCGUGCCCGGGACCACCCAGGUGCCCGCCCAGGCGGCCGAGGAGGAAGCGAUGCCCGCGCCCAAGGAGCGGACCCACUUCACCGUCCGGCUGACCGAGGCCAAGCCCGUGGACAAAGUCAAGCUCAUCAAGGAAGUGAAGUGCCACAUCCAGGGCAUCAACCUGGUCCAGGCCAAGAAGCUGGUGGAGUCCCUGCCCCAGGAGAUCCGGGCCAACGUCGCCAAGGCGGAGGCGGAGAAGAUGAAGGCCGCCCUGGAAGCGGCCGGGGGCACCGUGGUGUUGGAGUAGCGGCCGGGCGCGGGGCGCGGGG